AUGGUGAUGUGGGUGUUCGGCUACGGCUCCCUGGUGUGGAACCCCGGGUUCGCCUACGACGCCCGCCUCGUCGGCUUCGUCAGGGACUACCGCCGCGUCUUCUACCAGGGGAGCACGGACCACAGGGGCACGCCGGAGUUCCCCGGGAGGACCGUCACGCUGGAACACCAGCCCGGGUCCACAUGCUGGGGAGUUGCUUACAAAAUUUCAAGGGAGCAAGAUAAGCAGACAGCCCUGGAGUACCUGGAAGUAAGAGAGAAGCAAUAUGAUGAGAAGGUUUACCUUGACUUGUAUACAGACUCUUCCCUCAAAAUACCAGCAGUCCAAGAUAUGAUGGUAUAUUUAGCCACCACAAAUAAGGAGGCCAACCAAAACUAUCUUGGUCCUGCUCCGCUGGAAGAAAUGGCCAAGCAAAUCUACCUAGCCAAAGGCCCAACUGGACCUAAUACAGAGUAUCUGUUCAAACUUGAGGACGCAUUAAACAAAAUAGGUGUUGUGGAUCAGCAUGUUCAGGAUUUGGCGAAUGCUGUGCGCACUUAUGCAGACACCGUGUAA